GUGGACUGUGCACAGCUCGUAAAACCCUCGCCUAAAACCACAAAAGGCAUCACCAGACUUUCCAAACCAUCUCUCACGAAAUCCCUUAGAUCCUUCCGGAAAUGAAGAGGAUUAGCGGGCUUGCAGCCGUUCGCCGCGCCGUGGGGGGCGUCUCUGCCGGGAACCAAUCCAGCCGGCACCACGACCGCCUCUUCCAGGCGACUCUUUUCAGCACGGGCAGCAGCAGCGACUCCUCGGCUAGAUCUCACUGGUUCUCGAACAACAAGAUCUCCGGCGAUCAGUCGGCUCGCGCCGCCACGCGCACUUUUGCCGGAACGAUGUUGUUCUCGGCAGCCGCUACCACGGUGGCGGAGGAGGUCCACGCGAAGGAGCCCGUGCAGUUGAAAUUCCGACCGAAGGACGUCGUGCUGUAUCAGUACGAAGCUUGCCCUUUCUGUAACAAGGUCAAAGCUUUCCUGGACUACUAUGAUAUCCCGUACAAAAUUGUGGAGGUGAACCCUAUCAGCAAAAAGGAAAUAAAGUGGUCUGAUUACAAGAAAGUGCCUAUACUGAUGGUGGAUGGCGAGCAGAUGGUUAACUCAUCAGAAUGUUUUGACAUCUUUGGCUCUUGGAAUUAUCUAUAUCCGCUUUUGGCCCUGUAUAUAAUAGAUAAUUUGACCAAAAAGAUCCAUCCAGACAUGCCUACUGAUUCUGUUGGGGAAGAUAGUGAAGAGAAGAAGUGGCGUGGUUGGGUGGACAAUCACUUGGUGCAUAUAUUGUCACCUAAUAUAUAUCGAUCCCCGUCUGAAGCCCUCGAAUCAUUUGACUACAUCACUAGUCAUGGUAACUUCAGCUUCACAGAGAGAAUUACAGCAAAGUACGCUGGGGCUGCCGCAAUGUAUUUCGUCUCGAAAAAAUUAAAGAAAAAAUAUAACAUCACUGACGAACGUGGUGCGUUAUACAAAGCUGCAGAAACAUGGGUGGAUGCUCUCAAGGGUCGAGAUUUUCUAGGUGGGACAAAGCCCAACUUAGCUGACCUUGCUGUUUACGGUGUUUUGAGGCCCAUUCGCUACCUCAAGUCCGGUCGAGACAUGGUGGAGAACACCCAUAUUGGGAAUUGGUAUUCUCGAAUGGAAAAUGCUGUUGGGAUAUCUUCAAAAAUCCAGGAUUAGAUCAAAUUGUUCGGUAAAAAUAAUAUAAUUUGGCUGCCUUGAUAUAUGUUGAAAUCUUUGAAAUAUCCCGUGACAAAUAAUGUUGUCGUUUGCGCAUUUUGCGACUAAGAUAAUUCUUGAUAUAGAUAAGUUACAGUUCGUUUUCUUCUGGUCAUACUUUCUAAGAAUAUGAUUGUUUGAGUGACUUUAUCCUUCUGCCUGCAUUAUCGUUCGGUCAAGGAUGUGAAAGCUGUGACUUAGCUCGUGUGUGGAUCUCUUUUUAUGCAAU